AGCAAACGCCAGCUAUUCAGUAUUUUUUUACUUUACAAUGCCAAAAAGGUCCGCGUAGCUCGUUGUUUAACGAGCUGUGACUUCAGGCCGUACAGUGUCCAUUGUCCAAUGUUAUACUACAACGGUAUUUAAAUAUUGUUCAUUGAAUCUCUGCAUGGUGUACAAUUUGUAUCUACUUUUAGUGAUCAGGAUCACCUCUGGAUGUUUACGGGAUGGUACAUAUUUAAAGAAGUAAUAAGAUUGUGAUUCCAAAAGCUGCUGACCAUGCCUUCCAUCGCUCAUAAGAAGACUGUUAUCCUUGUGGCCGUCAUUGUGAUAAGCUUCCUAUUGAUAUUACGUCACAGUCCAAGCCCAGACUUUCACAAAAUUGCAGAUUCUGUUAAGGGAACGCUUCAUUUCGUGCCUCAAAAGAAAACUUUCCAAACCUGGCCAGAAAACAAUCCAAUUCCAGAAACAACUGCCCUCCAGACAAUGAACCUUAACGAAAUAUCAAACCUAUAUUUCAACUACGUCAACACGCUUCAAGUGUUUUGUCCGGUGAAGAAAGUCUACGGAGGAGUGAAGUAUGGUUGGUACACAUGUGAUGUGGUCAGGGAAGACAAUCCUAAAUCCUGUGUCGCUUAUAUGAUAACCAACAGAGAUGUCACCAAGAACUUUUUUGAGGAGCUUAAACAAGACUACCAAUGCGAGAAGAACGUCAUACUGAAAAGGUCUCCUACGUUAGAAGACAAUUCCCAAAUCGAAACACUGAAAUCAAAGAAAGUUGUUGAUUACAUGGCAAUCGACAUUCGUGAGGAGGAGACGCUUUUGUUGUCCUGGAUGUUAACUAAAGACCUACUUAAGAACGUACGCCAACUGUUGGUAAACUUCCAUGGGAUUAAGUUUGACAGCACUGUAUCCGUUUACGUUGAACAUCUUCAGGUCUUAAGGGCACUAUACACAGAAGGCUUCAGAACGUUCCACUUUGCCAGAAAUAUUCGAUGUCUAUUUGCGGGAAAUUGGAGAAGAACUGGGUGCUAUUCUCUAUACAUGAUGCGGGAAAUAUCGGUAUCCGGUCCAAUUGAAGUGUUUACCCCAGAGACUAUAAAUUCAAAACCUCUAGUUGAUUUAGCUACUCAAUAUAAUAGUCUGCUGAUGUCAUCACAAGUACAUUGUAAGGAGGUGGUACGUAUAGGGGACGUUGAUGACGGAGGCUGGGACGUCUGUAACGACUUAGAGUACAGGCCCUCGAAACCUUGUCUCGUCUACUCCUUCGGAGUAGCUGGAGACUGGACCUUUGACGACGAAGUAUCAAGGAUUUAUGGAUGUGAAGUACAUUCUUUUGAUCCCAGUAUCGGGAAGAAAGAUCAUAAGCGAUCAGACAAGAUCACCUUUCAUAAUAUCGGAUUGUGGGGCAAACCUAAAGGAAAGCAAGGGACAUGGAACAUGAUGAAUCUUAAGGAGAUCAUUGAAAUGCUCGAACAUACUGGGAAAAUCAUCGAUAUUAUGAAAAUGGACAUAGAAAGUUCAGAGUGGUCUGCUAUUCCAGAUAUGCUGACCACUGGAGUGCUUAAGAACGUCAGACAACUCGACUUCGAAUUCCAUGGUACUCCCAAUCCUCAUGAUUUAUUACGAUCAAAAAUGAAGACACUACGUGGCAUAUAUGAUCAGGGUUUCCGGCUGUUCUGGUCUCACCCAAACAUAAAGGGAGGCAACCCAACACCAUUCACCGUUACCGGGAGACAGGUUUCGUCCUGUUAUGAAAACUACUAUCUUAAUACAAAUCUGAGUAAAACUUAAGUGUAACAUUUGUUCAUUAUGUUAACUUGUGAAUGAGUUCUCCUACUUUUGAAGUGAAAAGUGCAAACUUUUAUAUCAGAUAGUUAGAGAAAUAACACUAUGUGCGUUAAGUCAUAGUGUAAAAGCCGUGUUUGUAUUUCACCUUAUGCCCGUAAAAUCGGAGUUAAUUUUGUAAUAAAGCAUUUAUGUUUUAAAAACUCAUAUUGUAAGUAGAUAAUUACGAGUUGUCUACCCGGGGAAAAAAAAUGCUUUUGUAUAAGGAUAACCCUACUUUAAAAGAAAAUAAAACAGGUUCCAGCUCAAUAUUUGAAAACAAGGUUGAAUGGCAAAUGCAGAGUAAACGGCACUUUAGUUAAAAAAAGUUGAAUGUAUAGUUUGGGUAACAUACUUUGUAAGCAACAGUUCACACUCCAACAUUUAAACAUUAAGUGAAAUGUUCUUUGGAUGUACAACCUCUUUAAGCAGAACUACAGACGACUCGACAAGCAAAAAGUUAAUACAUUUGUAUAUGGGUUGGUUUUCAUACGUUCAACGCAAAAGAAAACGAUUCUAUAUUUUACAUUGCUAGAUAUUUUGUCAGUUAUCAGUUUUUGCAUUUAAACUGUCGCUUCGUAAAAAAAUACAUUAUCUAGUAUAAUCAUAUAUAUUUACAUUAGCGUGGCAACCCACUAAAUGAACAUUACCAGCAGAAAUGCAUUUCAUUUGAGUAUGAAAGCAACAUUUCUCGUGACGUAACGUUAACACGUGGUUUAUUUAUGACGUCAUAGAUUAACCUUGUUCAAUGAGAGUCUUGUCGCUUCGCUUUGGAUAAUUUAACGAAAAAUGACUCAAAUUACUACGGUUAGUUAUUGGCGCCAAUUUUAUUUAAAUAGGGCUGUUUCUCCAACUUCUUUUGCAGGACGACGCAUAUACAACACGCAGUGAAUAAAUCAAUUAUUUUAAAACAAAAGAAUAUAAUUAAACAAUUGUUCUAU